GGGGGGGAGAGGGAGAGAGAGAGAGAGAGAGAAAGAGAGUGAGAGAGAGAGAGAGAGAGAGAGAGGGAGAGGGAGAGGGAGCGAGCUAUCUCUAGCUACGCCUUCUUCUAAGCUCCGGGAGCCCAGGAGAGCGCUCAUUUUAGGAUUUGGGAGAGGGGUAAAAAGAGGAAAGGCGGCCCCCGCUCUGCGCUGGCCUUGCUGCCCCGGGGAGGGAGGACUCUGGCCGGCGCCCCCCUCCUGGCGGGCGGCCCUGGGAGCCGGGGAGCGCGCGGAGCGGGCGGCGCAGGGAGCUGUCCGGUUCAGCACCACCCGUAAUGCAGUAGGUGGGAGCGCCUCCGCGGGGGCCCAGCCGGCAGCGAGUGGGGGGCAGGCGCGCGGCCCACCCUGCAGCAAGACGCCGGCUCCCUCGUUUCAAGGAGCUUUGCAGAUAGGGGGAGGGAAACCCGCCUCGAUUCUCCGGGAGAAACCCCCUCUCUCCCCCACUUCGCCAACACUACCCCCGCCACCAACAACAAUAACCGCCGCCGCUGCUCGUCCUGCUGCCGCCGCCGCCGCCGCGCCUGCCCGCCCUGCCGCCGCCGCCGCCGCCGCCGCUGCCCAGGCAAAACCAUGGCAAGCGAGACCCCCGCACCUGUGCAGCUGAGCUCAAGGGCUUACAGAAUACUGAGAAGUCUGGUCUGAAACGAAAGCGCCGAGACUCCCCAAGGAAGAGAACUGGCGAAGCAAAGGAUUUUCAUGGCGCAGGCCGCAGAGCCGAGAACGAAGACCGAAGGUUGCAUCUCGGCUCUUACAAUCUCUAACUGUCUAGGUCCCGACCAUGAGAAAUGGUGUUGAGAAUUCGGCUGUUCCCUGGUUCACUGUGGAAGCCAUCUCCAAAUUAACUAUCACAUAUGGAAACUGGAGACCAGAAUUUUAGAAAAAGAGAUUAAGGCAUCUCACUUGGGGGGGUGGGGGGUGUCUUUUUAUUUUUUUUCCUUUUUUAAAAAAAAAAAAAAACACUGCAACUGGAACAGUUUCUGAUCUCAAAAGGCAAGCCUCUUCCCGUGUGAUCUUUAUAAUUUACACUCUUUUCCGUGAGCUUUCUUACCUCCCUUUUUUUAUAACUCUCCAUAUUCUCUAUUCAUACAUAUAUCCAUUAUAUUAGUAGUGGAAUAAUUUUUAUUUUUAUUUAUUUUUUUUUGGCUUUAGUACUUGCACCCUCACACACACUCUCCCGAGAACCAGAAGUCGGUUGGGUGUUUAUAUAAUGAAGAAUUAUGGGGCUGUUUGAUCGAGGUGUUCAAAUGCUUUUAACCACCGUUGGUGCUUUCGCUGCCUUCAGCCUGAUGACCAUAGCUGUGGGAACCGACUAUUGGCUCUACUCCAGAGGGGUUUGCAAGACCAAAAGUGUCAGUGAGAAUGAAACCAGCAAAAAGAACGAGGAAGUUAUGACCCAUUCCGGAUUAUGGAGAACCUGCUGCCUAGAAGGGAAUUUCAAAGGUCUGUGCAAGCAAAUCGAUCACUUCCCAGAGGAUGCAGAUUAUGAAGCUGACACGGCAGAAUAUUUCCUCCGGGCCGUGAGGGCCUCGAGCAUUUUCCCGAUCCUGAGUGUGAUUCUGCUUUUCAUGGGUGGCCUUUGCAUCGCAGCCAGCGAGUUCUACAAAACUCGACACAACAUCAUCCUGAGUGCCGGCAUCUUCUUCGUGUCUGCAGGUCUGAGUAACAUCAUUGGCAUCAUAGUGUACAUAUCUGCCAAUGCCGGAGACCCCUCCAAGAGCGACUCCAAAAAGAAUAGUUACUCAUACGGCUGGUCCUUCUACUUCGGGGCCCUGUCCUUCAUCAUCGCCGAGAUGGUCGGGGUGCUGGCGGUGCACAUGUUUAUCGACCGGCACAAACAGCUGCGGGCCACGGCCCGCGCCACGGACUACCUCCAGGCCUCUGCCAUCACCCGCAUCCCCAGCUACCGCUACCGCUACCAGCGCCGCAGCCGCUCCAGCUCGCGCUCCACGGAGCCCUCACACUCCAGGGACGCCUCCCCCGUGGGCAUCAAGGGCUUCAACACCCUGCCGUCCACGGAGAUCUCCAUGUACACGCUCAGCAGGGACCCCCUGAAGGCCGCCACCACGCCCACCGCCACCUACAACUCCGACAGGGAUAACAGCUUCCUCCAGGUUCACAACUGUAUCCAGAAGGAGAACAAGGACUCUCUCCACUCCAACACAGCCAACCGCCGGACCACCCCCGUAUAAAGACCGCGGGCCUCGCCAGAAGACCGCGGGAGGAGGGCGCGGUCCCCGGGGGCGGGGCGGGGCGGGGGGGGGACCCAGACCAUGGGCUGGGAGACCUUCCAAAAGCAAAAACAAACAACAAAAAAACAAAAAAACAAAAAACGAAAAAACUCACACACACACACAAAAAAAGAGAAAAACAUAACAAGUAAAUUUAAAAAAAAAGAACAAAAUAUAAGAGGAACAAAGAAGCAAAACAACAGGAAAUGUGGGAAAAUAUAAACGAGGGAAGAAAAACAAACUUUAAAAAAAAAGCGAGAGGGAUAAAAAAUUAAAAAUAGAAAAUAAAUCUAAAAGAAAAUGCAUGAUUUCCCAUGUACCAUUAUUUUAACAUUUAAUAAAAAUCAAUUUAAAUGAAAAAAUAAAAGGGAACCAAGAUAACAUUAAAGCAAAAAAAAUGAGAACAGAAAGGAAAGGGGAUGUCCUUUGUAUUUUUCAGGGUUUACGUUACUUUUUUUUUUUUUUAACGCGGGGAGAGUUACUUUUCUGUUCCCUUUAACCCCCAGCGGGCCCUGCCUCCCUGGGAGAGUGGGGGGCGAGACUCAGGGGCCCUGGGGCCAGGUGAGCCUGCAGUCACUGCCAGGUCCCUGGAGCCCCUGGGUAGGUGCCCCAGGAACGCCAGGAAGGCUCAGGGCUCGAGCCGGCUCCGCCUAGCAUUGAUGGGGCAACUGUAGGCCUCCAGGUGACCGAGCCCUUGUCCCUCCUCUCCGUUAGGGUGCCUGGAGGGGGGUACACUUGGGGCUUGCCUGGCUCCAGGUUCCCAGUCCUUAAUGCUCCUUAACCCACUGUGAUGACUUCCUAGGCCUUGAGGAAAGGGAAGGAGAGGGGAGGCUGCCGGUGGCUUAUCAAGAUGCCGGAAACCCCAGAAUCCUCAGGGUGAGCCUCUUGGGGUCAUGUCCCCAAGCUCCUGUCCUUGGGGUCAGGAGAUGCCCACCCCCCGGGGGACACAGCUCUCCCUCCUCACCCCUCACCUCAGGGCCACCUGAUGACCCUGGGGCGAUGGUGGACCCCCGACUCAUAAGCCCCCCAGUCCCCUGGGAAGGGGGUUCAUUGACCCUUUGGGGGUCCUUGGACUCACUGAUGCCCCCUUGGGGCCCAGCGGGUUCAACAAUGACACUGCAAAAAGGUUUCUUUUUACAAAAGAAAAAGGAAAAACAAGUGAUUUUUUUUAAUAAAAAAACCACAGACUAUAAAUAAAUGUAAAUAUAAAAUAAGUGGAUUUACUUGCAAGAAAAUCAGAUAGUAUUUUUCUUUUAAUUCUUUUCCAGCUUUAAACUGUGAAAACAAAAAAUGGGGCGGGGUGGGGGACUUAAACUUUAGCAGGGAAAUUGUAAAGAAAAAAAACAGAAAACGAAUAUACAAAUCCAUUUACAAAAACAAAGCAAAACCGUUGUGAGAGGUGAGAGCUGGGCUUGAAGGUUGGAGGGAGUAGGGGAAGGUCCCAGUGAGCUGCAGGGGGUGUCUGUGAUGGAAAGGUGGCUUCCUCAGACCAGGAAGGUGCUGUGAAUGGGGGAAGACAGAAUCCAACAAAGAAAGAGACCACCCACCCCACACGCACACAGGCACGUUCACACACACAUACACAAUCCACUUAGCCCAGCACUGCAGUCACUCACAGGGACACACUCAGUCUCAACCCUUCCAUCCCAUACACAGCCAGGGGUGUGGCUCAAAGGAAAUUGACUCAUGCCCUCCAAAGCCAUGGACCACAACAACUCCGCACUGGCCUUUGUGUUCAUUCACGCCCUCCCAACACAGCACACACUUGAACACACACAUGCACACAUACACACACACACACACCACUCGCAUGCAUGGGAAGGGCACCCAUCUAGAAUACAGGACUGGAUUCCGGAAUUCCUUGCUGCAUGGCCUCUCUGGGCCUUAAUUUUCCCCCCGUGUAAGCAUGUGGAUUGACCCAGAUAAGUACUAAAGGCCCAUUCUUGCUCUAUGUAUCUGUGACUUAAGAUUUGCCACCUGCCCCGAGGAUAUGCCAGGGAUGACCAGGACAGCUGCCAUCAAGCCCCCAGGCUCAUCAUCAGUCAGCCUCUCAGACACACAUACACACACCAUAUACCUCCUCACUGUGCUCCCCAAACCCCUGCCCCCACAUCCAAUGUCAAAGCAAAAAUACACACAUGUGAGCAAACAUAACGCUGUUCAGGCAAAGAGUGGAAAGACGCAGGGGUCCCCAAAGCCCUUCUUCACUUUGUGUCCCCUUGCUGCGAUCAUGGAGAGUUAAGGAGGCUUCCUUGGGAGAAGAGAUCUGCCACCAGGGCUUUCCCAGUGUCUUUGGGGGUCUGUGAAAAAGAGGAUCCUCCGAGGUUUACUGGGAGGGCUCAAGGCUGAGGGAAUGGAGAGGAAAAUUUUAGCAGUUCCAUCCCAGUGUAAGGACCAACCCCAAAAGUUAAACUUGCACCACAGACUAAAGUUCAGGGGCAUCCUGUGUUUCUCCCCUUUCUUUCCCAGAGUGACAAGGGCCAGUUCAGACUGACAGAAAUCCAACAGCUUUCCUGAGCUGGAAAUUUCAGAACAGCCUGCAAGUCACUCCCAGGUGACUGAAGGUCAAGGUGAGGCGCCCUGCCUCUGCCUGCGAGUCUCCCUCGGUUUGCAUUUUUCUUGACACCGGCAUUUCCUGAGGUUGAGCUCUCUGGGGAGUUCUAGAGAAUGGCUAGCAAGGCUUUUUGAGCUUGCACAUCUCACCUGCCUUUCCUGUCUUUUGCCUGGGAAAGGAAAAUUAUUUUCCCAGGUCAGCACAGGGCAGAACAUCGGCCAGCCCACCCCAGAAGUACAGGGGGAGGUCAUGGGCCCUGGGGCAGAACGAUGGGAGACAAUUCAAGGUGUGGUAACAACAACCAGGUUGUCCUCAGUCUGGGCAGAAACUGAACUCUACCCCGCUCCCACCCCAAUCUUGCCCGCCAUCCCACUAGAUUCCAGACCUAAAGGGAUCAAGGACAAGAGCAAAGGGAGAAGGGAGAGGCCUCAAGAAAACUGCACCCAAGCGGGCACUGUCUGAAGAGAAAAACUAGCUCCAGUUCUCUGAAUUGUGGCAGAGCGUCUGGGAAAAGCGAUCAGUGCUUCUUUCCAUGGCGCAAGGCCUGGGUUCUGGGUCUGCUUGAAGAAAGCCACUGGGGUGUGGGGUGACAUUGUCAUGGCUGAGAAGGGGCUAGGGGGUCUGGAGGGAAGGAGCCAGGACCGGAACUGCAAGGGCGUUGCUUCCCAGGGUGUGGAUGAUUGCUCAUGUCCAGCUCAGACCAGUUCAAGAAACUAACCUCCAUUUAUUUUCUUGGUGAGUCCUUUUUUUUUUUUCAGACUGUUAACAGAAAAAAAAUUUUAAAAAGCAGAAAACUGAAAAAAAAAAAUCCUGGUACAUGAAAUAAAGAUUUUUUUUAUA